GCAAUCAACACAAAGCCCACCUUUAGAAAUACAGAUUGGGGAAGGGAGAGCAUAGGAAAGAAAAACUUUAUUUCAUAAAUUGUAUAGUCUGUUUUAUUGAUAAAAUAAAUCUGGUAUUAUAUUUUUGUUCACACUAGAAUCCCUCUUUAAGAAUUAUUUAAAAUACAUGAGCAAAAAGAGUACAAACAUAUUCACUUGUUCAGGAGCACAGCACAAAUGGAUACAGGUAGUUAAUAUAGAUGGUAACAUUUUCUCAAUAUAUGUUUGUUUUUUUGUUUGUUUUUUUUAUUUAGAACCCAGCAGUGACGAUGAAUCAUAUGAAGUGUUGGACUUAACAGAGUAUGCCAGACGUCACCAUUGGUGGAACCGCUUGUUUGGGCGUAAUUCAGGGCCACUUACAGAAAAAUAUUCUGUAGCUACACAAAUUGUAAUUGGAGGCGUGUCAGGCUGGUGUGCUGGAUUUCUGUUUCAAAAAGUUGGCAAACUUGCUGCAACAGCAGUAGGUGGGGGUUUCCUUCUCCUUCAGAUUGCCAGUCAUGGUGGAUAUAUACAAAUAGACUGGAAGAGAGUUGAGAAAGACGUGAACAAGGCUAAAAGAAAGAUUAAAAAGGAAGCAAAUAAGACACCUGAAAUUAACACUGUAAUUGAAAAGUCUACUGACUUUUUUAAGAAAAACAUUGUUGUAUCUGGUGGAUUUGUGGGUGGGUUCUUAAUUGGCCUUGCCUCUUAAAGAACUACAGGAACACAGAAAAAUGGAGCUGAGAAUAUGGACUUGGGUGGAAAGAAGACACUUUUUUUUUAACUUUUAGGAUGUUCAUGGCAUAUGCUUAUAUUCAAAGAGGUCAUGGCAUUACUGAGUGCCUAAUCUGUAUUGAUGGACUGUUUUUUGGCUAGUUCAUGUAUGCGUUUAUUCUUUGCACUACUGUUCUUAAUAUUGAUGUUUUUUUAGUUUCUGAAAAGUUGGUGUGUUGCAUUUGGUUUUAUUAUGUGUUUUUGUCAUGAAAGACCCACAAAUAUUCAUGAUUCCCGUACUCCAUAAAUUUGCAUUACAUAUUUAACAGUAUGUUUGUUUUUCUGAGAAGUGCCAAAACAAUGUACUGUAACUGGCAAUCAAACCUGGCAGUGAUUGUUAUUUAAAAAGGAAAAUAAUUGAAUCUUGUGCAAUAUAUAGAUUAUGAAGAAAUAUAUAAGUAGCAAAAAUCCACUUGAUGGUAUUGCACGGUGUAAGUCUUCUUUAGAGUGACAGAAAAUAUAGGUUGCAUUGUUAAAACGUAUGUGAACAACACAAAUGAUUAAAAGGCAAUUAUUCUAAUUAUAUUUGCAUUAACACAAGAGGUUUUAUUGAUGAAAGAUCUGGAUGUGAAUAGAAUUAAUGCCCCAUAUCCUGAGACGUGUCUGAGAAAAUAGAAGCAAAUCAAAGCUGUAAGAUUAAAGUACUUGUUUUAAAUUAGAUUUGAGUAGCAGUCACUGGAUUUUUUGUUCUAUUUAUAGAAAACACUUUACACUAUGAUAGUCUUGUGUCUUCACUCAAACAGAAGUCCAAAUACACCAUAAUCUGAAAUUCGUACUGCAUCUGAUAUACUUGAGCCAAAGGUAGCUUGUGUGGCUCCCCUACAUCUGAUUAUUAAACAUGCCCCAAGGUAUCUGCUCUACUGUGUCUAGGGUACAUACUAUAUGUGGAACACAGCUGCAUCAGCUUGGAAAGCAUUGAUUUUUACUGAUAUUGUGGUUUUCAAACUGGAAAUAUAAAAUAAUAGGCCCCAAUGUAUGUUUUUACUAUUGCAUUUAUACAACUUCUGGUUAAAGUGUUCUCAGUGAGGUAGCGAUCCUUUAAGUAGUAUAUCCCAGGCACAAUAUGCCCUGAGUUUUCAAUUAAAUAAAUGCAUACUUAACCAUUCAUGGUCUACUUUGUCUGAACCAGGUGCAAUGACCCCAAGCCCUUAGUAUAAGGUACAGUCUGAUACAUGGAAAAUAAGAAUUAGUUGCAUUACACUAAAGUACCCCAUUUUUCAAACAGAAGCAAUUAACUUAUCGGUGCCCAUAAAAAAAAUAUUAUUAUUAGAGAUGCACCAAAUCCAGUAUUCUGUUAGGAUUCAGCUUUGUUUUUUUUUUUUUUUUUUCAGGAUUCCGAAUCCUUGUGCUUGACCGAACCAAAUCCAAAUAGUUAAAAUCAUGACCGCUGACCCUGAUUUGCAUAUGCAAAUUAGGAUUCAGAUGCAGUUUGUAUUCGGCCAAAUCUUUUACAAAGGGUUCGGACCAAAUCCCAAAAUAGUGGAUUUGGUGCAUCCCUACUUUUAAUAUUUAAUUCCCAACAAUAUUAUAUGAUUCAUUCAUGGCAUACAUUGUCGUGAUUUUCAUGCUUUAUACUCGCUUUCCUGUUUCUUGAUAUUUCCCUAUACAUCAAUUUGCCAGUAGUUCAUUAUCUGCUCUACUUGGUGCAGGGGAAUAUAAAAGCCAAUAAUGUAAUUCUAUUUAAUAAAUACAAUGGGACAAACAGCAGGAUCCUGUGCCCCAUUUAAGAAUUCCACAUAGCAUGAUCAAACAUCUAGCCCUUGAGAAAGCAGAUCUUUGAAUCAUGUUGGAUAAGUAAAACUGCAGUACAACAGAGACCGGGCCAGUGGCAAAGCCCUUUGACUGCCUUGCAUAUACAGCAACGCUCUCAAAGGCCUUUAAAAGUAUGCUUUGAUCUUCCUUGAGAACUUCAUAUGAAUGGAGAAAUUUAUAUGUACACCCACAGUAUGUUCAGUUUUUUGGUAAUGCCUAGCUUUGAUACAGAAGUACUGUACUAGUGUGUCUGUAAAUUCUACAUUUCUCUGUAAUAAUAAAAAGUACCUUGUACUUUAUCCCAACUAAGAGAUAAUUAAAACAUAAUGAAGGCAAAACAA